AAGGCAGCUUCUCAGAUCGAGAGUUGGGGUGGUCAGGGUGAGGUGAGAUUCUGAAGGCAUGGAGUCUUUGCAGUCUCUGACCUUCAUCAUAAAUCCAUGGUCCCUGAACCUCCCAGCCUACGUGGCUGUCAUCAUCGUCAAGGAAAUGGCCUUGCAAAUCACAGACUUUUGUGUCACUUGUGCCUGCCGAUUCCUGAAGCCCCUGCCCAGCCGCACUGGAACCAAAGUUCUGUACAAGAAUCAGCUGGGCGGAAAGGAUGCCGCUGUCUUGACCAUCAACUCGGUCAUUGAGAGCAUCUUUACCUGUCACAUUCUCUACAUGCUGUGGAACUCUCCGUUGAUUGUCCGCAGCUGGACCUCCAUUGGCUUCCUCAAUGGCCCUGUCGCGCUCCUGCUUCUGAUCCUAUACAACGAUAUGCUCUACGCUCCUGCCCACCGUUUGCUGCACCAUCCGGCGUUGUAUGCUUACAUUCACAAGCACCACCAUCGCUCCGUCUACCCCACUCGUGGCAAUAUUGAUGCUCGCAACGAGCACCCUCUCGAGCAGCUGAUGGCAAUGUCCCUUUGGAUGAUUGCCAUACAUCUCGUGUCCCUCACUGGUUUGCACGCCGUGGCACUGGGGGGACACCUCUCGCUGAUGACCGUCGGCGCUUCAUUGAAUCACACCGGCUUUGACUUACAGGUCAGCCUCCUAGGUGUGGAUUUGUACUCAACCGCUGCUCAUGAAAUGCACCACCGCCGUCCCGACAAGAACUUUGCACAGUUCACAAUGGUUUGGGACAAGCUGAUGGGAACCUACAUUCCCUAUGCCAAAGAAGAGGGGGCAGAGGAAGACGCAGGCAACUGCCACUGCUGUAGACAAAGACGCUUGGUGUGCAGUGACUAUUUCUUCUGGCUUACUGGCCCUCGCUAGUGCCAAUGGGAUGGCACCCUCUUGGGGAUGUGCCGCACCGCUAGGUGCUUCCGUUCCGGGCUUCUUGCGCUUAACACUGGCAGAGUGUAAAUUUUGAUCAUCCCUGGAAAGCUUGAACGCGUAGUGGCUUUCAAGGGAGCUCACGGAGUUUUCCAGCUAUGCUCAUUUGCGAAAUCCAUUGGCCGCCUGUUGCUGUGGAAGCAAUCUGUGCGGUGCUGUACAUUCAGACGUGACUAGCGCUUGGGACCAGGAG